CUUUGCCAGAAGUUUUAAACGUCCACUGUUUCACACCACUUGGAUGGGUUUCUUGCGCCAUGUCGGAGCCGGGACCAUACACCGUGCCCAACUAUGAUAUUUUUGGCCAUCAUCAUCACAGCAAGCCCUUCAAGGACAAGUCCCACUUCGUGCAGAAAGACAUCAGCCAUCCGAAGUGGCUCGAUGAUCCUCCGGCCAUUCGAUCAAGAGCUGAGCUUCAACAGGCUCGCAAGCAGGGCCGAAUACCGGAGGUGAAGAGCUACGACUUUGAUGGUGAUGGUGUGGUCGGGCAGCUUGACUACUUCAUUGGCAAAUGCUUCGAUCAAGAUGCCGAUGGCCGACUCACCACCGGCGAGCGGCAACGCGCCGAGAAGGCGCUCGAGAAGGGCUUCUUGGACAAGUUCGUCCGUGGCUUGGACUCGACUGGCCAGGUUCACAAAUGUGGGCCAAUCAAGCAGAAGCGAGGGGUCAUUUGUGGCCCUGACAACCAGAAUGAAGCCAGUGUGUCCACGUACCCACCCCAUUUCAACGCGCAUAAAGUGCCAGAACACUACACCAAGACCACCUUGAAAGAGACCCGAAAGGCAGAGGCGAAGGGCGCGGGUCUCAUCAACGGGGAGAAUUGGGCGGCGCGUUGUGAGCCUGUGAAGGAGCGUCAGCCGCCGAACCAUGAGACGCAGCCGCGGAGCUGCCCGAUCAGCCACAUCCGCGAGCGCGCGGAAGCGGAUCACCAGUUGGCGCGGGUGCGCGGUGGAUUGAUGCCCAUGAGCUACCCGGUGAAUCCUGAGCGUGAGUACAAGACCGUGGGCAUCGCGUGGACGGAGGAACCCAUGUUUCGCACACGUAGCCAGUUGCUCGAGACGCGGAGGGAGUUGCUCAAGCGCGACAAUGAGGAGUUGCGGGCUCAGGGGGACGUCUACUACGUGCCCUUGUCAAUCAGAAACCAGGAGAGGGAGGUGGAGGAGCACCAGUUCCGAGAACCCAAAGGUCAGCCGCAGACCCUCACCAAGAUGCAGGACCAGCGAAGGAAAGACAAGAUGGAAUAUGACAUGCAGCACUUCAGCUUUCCCAGAGCUUUUCCUCGCGAGUAUCCCAAAUACUCCGACCAUCCGGACAUCCCUUUCUGGGUGUCGAAUGCCGAAAGUGCCCGGAUUGGCGAUAGCACGCCACGCGCCAUGCCCAGGACCAUCAGCGAGCCUACGUUCAAAGUCACCGAGCUGCCCUGGGGGGACGAGCCGACCGUGAGUUACGAGAACCUCGCAGAUUCUGCCAAAGCUCUGGCUGCUGGGAAGUUCUCCAGCAAGGAGAUGACGCUGGGCAGCAAAACCGUGAAGCGCUGGUCCACCGAUAUGCUGGAGCGUGGGCAGGCUCGGAAUCAGCCACGGCUCUUCGACAACAUCCGACCCGUGCGGAUCGGCCCGCGGGAUUUGGAGCAGCUGGAUUUGACGUCCUCCAUGGAACCGAUACGCAACGCUGCCCUCCGCCGGCAAGCGGAAGAGCGGAAGAGGAUGGCGUCCAUGCCGAAGCGGAGUCGGCUCUAUGUGGAUCCUCACGAGGAGCCCACGCUGAGGACGAUCACGUCCCAGGGCACCGGUGGACGUGGGAAUUCGUUGCUGGACUCCUCAGAUCCUGGCGUCUCCGUCCAAAACCGCGCGGAGCCGCCCAUGUCCGCGACCUCAGCGGCCACGAGGAUCCCCUCGCGCCGACCGCCCGAUCUGCGGUCCUCGGUGGUGCCGAUCAUUGAGUCGCCGAAAGAGCCAAGGACCUUUGGCACCGGCACAGUGGCUCGCCCACUACAGGCAUCUGGCAUCCGCUGUGGAGGCUUUCAGCACUUGGAUUCCACGUUGCCACGACCGAGCCUUCACGAGAGCAGAGACUCCAGAGCAAGGCCUGAGGCUUGAAGGCGCGACCCGGCGGCCGAGGCUGGGGGGGGAGAACUGGCUCUUGGGGCCCGGCUUUGAGCUUCCGCGAGGUCUGCAGAGGAGUGACAUAUCUCUUCGGAGUGAGCAAAGAGAGUGAACGUACUCUUUUUGGUGUUCUGUUUCUGCAAGUAGCUGGAAUUUUUUUGUCUUCAGUCUUCGGUGGGAAAGAGACGGAUGUUUUAGAGAUUGGUUUCAUAUGCAGCGAUGCAGCUUUAGACCAUGAGCACUUCCUUUGCAAUGUUGUUUUUUCAAUGAUAUCAACAAAGUUUCAAAUUCACAUCCUUUGGAAGGGACAGGACUACUCAGUUUGCACACCUUUACUGUACUAGUGAGGCCGUGGAGAAAGACAUGGAUCAUUUGUCGAAAAGUGCCGCAGUUUGUCAAAUAGAUGUGGGUGCUAGAGCACGGCUGCUUCUUGCAAAUGCCACCUCUAAAGUCAGCCAAGUUCGGGCUAAGUGAAAAAAAACACACGGAUUUAACAACAAAACACGUGGUUGCCUUUUGAGCUUGAUUACUCUAUUUGGAACAUGGCUCGGCUCACUUUCGCUCAAAUCAACGGAGCGGGCGCAGGUGAAGGCUGAAAGCGGGGGGGUCAGGGACCAGCAUGCUUUACCUGAUUGCACUGAACCUCACACUCAGCUUGUGAUACCGCUAUUUGAUGCACAGGAGCGUGCUUUUGGGUGGUGGAAGACGAGGUACGCAUGUCUCAAUUUUUUUUUGGCCGUCCCAGCAGGCGAGGCCCACCAGAAUGAACCUGUCAGUGUGCCUUCGCCAUGACUGUCGCGUGUUUCACUCCGGUCCACCGGUGCCCCUUUGUCCUUUCAAAGAAAGGACCGGCACACGACUGCGGAAGGUCCGACCUGAAAAA